AUGGGGGACAUUGUUAUAGCGAAACCGAAGGAAGGAGGAGGCUCUUCUUCCACGAUAAAGUGCCCUAUGCUUACAACAACUAACUACACGGUCUGGGCAAUAAGGAUCAAACUUUUGUUAAAAGUACAUAAAGUCUGGGAUGCAGUGGAGAAUGAGUCAGAUAACGGAGAAAAGAACGACAUGGCCACAGCCCUAAUUUUUCAGUCCAUACCUGAAACACUUGUGCUGCAAGUAGGCGACCUAGAUACGGCGAAAAAGGUUUGGGAUUCGAUUAAAUCACGAUAUAUGGGGGCAGAUCGUGUUCGUGAAGCAAGACUACAUACAUUAAUGUCUGAUUUUGAGAGAUUGAAGAUGAAAGACAAUGAAUCUAUUGAUGAUUUUGUUGGAAAGCUAGCAGAAAUCUCAUCGAAAUCAACCGCUCUAGGAGAAGACAUUGAAGAAUACAAACUCGUGAAGAAAUUUUUGUCUAGUCUUCCACGAAAGAAGUUCAUACACAUCGUUGCAUCACUUUAA